AUGUUACAGUGCUAUAAUUAUCUUUACCUGUCACUGAAUCAUUCAAUCUCAUUCCAUCUAUCUAUCUAUCUAUCUAUCUAUCUAUCUAUCUAUCUAUCUAUCUAUCUAUCUAUCUAUCUAGCCCAUCAGUCAUUUCUUAUCUAUCUAUCUAUCUAUCUAUCUAUCUAUCUAUCUAUCUAUCUAUCUAUCUAUCUCUCCACUCUUUCAUUUCCAUUUUUCCCUUCUCACAUUGUCAUUUCUUUUUUUCCUUCCUCUAUUUUCGAUUUUGUCUCUAAAUUGUUUCUUUUUCUUCUUUUCUUUCUUUUUCUUCCUUGGUACAUUCUUUCUUUCUUUCUUUCUUUCUUUCUUUCUUUCAUAUCGUUUGUUCUUUCUUUUACUUUCUCGGCAUUUAUUUUUCUUUCUUUCUUCUUAGCGCGUUUCUUUUUUAAUUUCAUCUUUCAUUCUUUCUUUCUUUCUUUCUUUCUUUCUUUCUUUCUUUCUUUCUUCUCCUUUUGUUUCUUUCUUUCUUUCGUUCUUUCUUUCUUUCUUUCUUUCUUUCUUUCUUUCUUUCUUUCUCUCAUCUCAGUUUCUUUCUUUCUUUCUUUCUUUCUUUCUUUCUUUCUUUCUUUCUUUCUUUCAUCUCCGUUUCUUUCUUUCUUUCCUUGGUACACUCUUUGUUUCUUUAUUAUUUCUAUCUUUCUGUUACUUAGAGUUUCUUUCUUUCUUUCUUUCUUUCUUUCUUUCUUUCAUCUCCGUUUCUUUCUUUCUUUCCUUGGUACACUCUUUGUUUCUUUAUUAUUUCUAUCUUUCUGUUACUUAGAGUUUCUUUCUUUCUUUCUUUCUUUCUUUCUUUCUUUCUUUCAUCUCCGUUUCUUUCUUUCUUUCCUUGGUACACUCUUUGUUUCUUUAUUAUUUCUAUCUUUCUGUUACUUAGAGUUUCUUUCUUUCUUUCUUUCUUUCUUUCUUUCUUUUCUUUCUUUCAUCUCCGUUUCUUUCUUUCUUUCCUUGGUACACUCUUUGUUUCUUUAUUCUUUCUUUCUGACUUUCUUACUCUUUCUCUCCCCCCCCCCUCUCUCUCUCUCUCUCUCAAUUUCUUGUAUUUUGGUGUUUCUUCCUUCCUUCCUUCCUUCCUCCCUUUCUUCGCGUUUCUUCUUCUUCUUUUUCUUCUUCUUCUUUUUCUUCUUCUUCUUCAUUUUCUUUCUUUCUUUCUUUCUUAUUUACGUUUCUUUCUUCUAUUUUAGCGUUCCUUCCUUCCUUCCUUUCUUUCUGUCUUUCUAA